UGUCAGCACUGUUUGGUAGUGUGCUAAUUCCGUCUGAUUUUUUAAAGGAUAUUUAACACCAUGACCAGCUUGGUUAAGAAAGGUGAUUUCUUGGACUUUAGUCCAACAAAUCUUCCUUCGAGGGACUUUUCACGCAAUGACACCAACAAGGAAAACAACAAGUCGCUAGCAGUAUUAAGUUUGGUGCAGUUUUCACGACCUCCCUUCGUUAGUUUUGGAACCGUACGGCUGGGAUCGUCCAAAUCGGCAGUUUUAUGUAUUGAGAAUCCAGUUGAUGUUGCGACGGAAGUUAAAGUUGACAGGGUUGCUUCGACCAAAGGAUUUUCUGUUGAACAAACACGAUUCAUAAUUGAGCCUGAAGAAAGUACCUGUAUGACGAUAACCUGGACACCUGUGGAGGAAGGAAAUGUCAGAGAAGUGAUCACUUUUAUCGCAAAUGGAAUUGCCAAACACCAAGCUAUUUUGCUUGGUAGAGCAGAGGCACCCAAAAAGAAAAAGAAAAGUUUAUGGGAUUCCAUUAAAAACAAGAAACCAGUAGAACGUUCUGCACCCUUUAAGGACAAGAAAACCGACUCCUCUGUGAAAAAGGCUGCCAAUAAAACAUUCCAUGUAUCUCGACAACCGCAGUACAAGAAAGAGAGAGUGCGAAGCCCUCUCAGAUCUCAGAAUGAAAACCCAGUGGUGGAGUCACCUGUUGUCCUUCUUGUUCCAGCUGGCAAGCUUUUUGAUAGUGGAGAGUCAGUGAAAGGAAAUGGUUGCACUGACCUGAAUUCUGUUGGUCCUGAUGAAGUAAUUGAGCCAAAAACACCCUCAGAAAUUUCCUUUGAGCUAGAGGCUGUAAAACCAAGGUUGACCUUCUUUGUCAAACCCAGCCAAGUGAACACAUGUGAAAGUGAAGCAAAAGAUGAGGUUCUGAAAUCCAGUAAAAUUCCAUUUACAUCCACUACUGUUACAAAAAGCAAAGGUGGCUCUACUCAGGAAAGUAAUUCCAAGGGCAGGAAAACAAGGACUUCAAAACGUCGGCUUUUAGAGAAAACUCUGGAAUUAUCAGACAGUCCUGCAAGAUCCAGUCUACCCGGGCUGAAUGAUGUUGGUUGUCUUCCCGUCAUUGACUCAGAUGCCAGCCUUGGCACUCACCCUGAGUCUGUUCACUCGCCUCUGGUUGUGAUGCCAUCUAACUUAUCUCCAGUCAGGUUUGCUCUCAAAGACAAUUGUCCAGUUUCCAUUCCACCUACCAUGGCUCAGCUGGAUUUGUCUCCAGUGGUGGCAACCCCUUCCUGUUUGCCUCAGACUUUGGUCCAGUUGGAUUUCACUGUGGUAACUUCCCGACAUCAGUCAAAAGUGUCAUCUUUGAUGCUUCAGCCGGAUGAAUCUCUUGAUGGGAAAACCCAGUGCAGACUGGCAGUGAAUGCUCACUCUCAGUCAAUUCUACAGUCUUUGAAAUCAUUUGGCUCCUCAUCUGUCAAGACUGCUAAGGUUGUAGCAGUGGCUCAGUCACAACUAACCUUUAUAAAGCCAGGACAAACAGUGAUACCAAGACAUCCAUUGCCUUUUGCUGCCAAAAACAUGUUCUAUGAUGAACGAUGGAUUGAAAAGCAAGAGAGAGGAUUCACAUGGUGGAUAAACUAUGUCCUUACCCCUGAUGACUUCAAAGUCAACACAGAAGUCACAAAAGUGAAUGCUGUAUCAUUAGCAAUGGGAAGUGAUCAAAAAAUGAGCAUUCCCAAGGCACCAACAAAAGAAGAGAUGUCAUUUAGAAUGUACACGGCACGGCGUCGGCUUAACUGCCUCCGUAGGGCUGCCUGUCAGCUCUUCACAUCGGAGGCCAUGGUGAAAGCCAUCCAGCGUCUAGAGCUUGAAGUGGAGGCCAAGAGGCUGUUGGUGCGUAAGGACCGGCAUCUCUGGAAGGACAUUGGAGAACGGCAAAAAGUUCUGAACUGGCUUCUGUCCUACAAUCCUCUUUGGUUGCGGAUUGGACUUGAGACAAUUUUUGGGGAGUUGAUACCACUGGAGAGCAACGGUGACGUGAUGGGAUUGGCAAUGUUCAUUCUUGGACGUUUGCUGUGGAAUCCAGACAUUGCGGCUGAAUUCAGACAUCACAAAGUGCCACACCUGUACAGGGAUGGGCACGAGGAGGCACUUUCACGUUUCACGUUGAAAAAGCUGCUCCUGCUUGUGUGCUUUCUUGACAAAGCCAAAGAAUCCAGAAUGAUUGAACAUGAUCCUUGUUUGUUCUGCAUGGAUGCGGAAUUCAAGACCAGUAAGGAUCUGCUGCUGGCAUUUUCAAGGGAUUUUCUCAGUGGUGAGGGAAUUCUGUCUCGCCAUCUGGGGCAUUUGGGAUUUUCGGUCUCCCAUGCCCAGACACCACUGGAUGAGUUCAACUUUGCUGUAAAGAACCUGGCUGUUGACUUGAAAUGUGGGAUCCGUCUAGUGCGAAUCAUGGAGCUUUCCACCCAGGACUGGAGCCUGUCCCGCAAACUGAGGAUGCCUGCUAUAAGUCGUCUUCAGAAAGUACACAAUGUGGAAAUCGCCAUGGAAGUGCUGAAAGCAAAGGGUGUUGAUCUCAAAGAUGAACGUGGUAGUGCUAUUGAUGCCAGAGAUAUUGUGGAUGGACACCGAGAAAAGACUCUGUCCCUGCUGUGGAAAAUCAUCUUUACCUUUCAGGUUGAGGUUUUGCUGGAUGAAGAACAGCUCAAAGAGGAGAUCUCUUUCCUCAAACGAACAUGGAGAACCAAGCAGAAAAUGGCUGCUCUGAGGGCCAAUCAGGAUGUGGCAGUGAAGCCUGUGCAAAGACCUUCAUUUGAGCACAGCAGCACAAAAAUAACACUACUGAUGGACUGGGUCAAUGCAGUCUGUGCAUUUUACAGUUCAAAGGCUGAGAACUUCACAGUAUCAUUCUCAGACGGACAGAUUCUUUGUCACCUCAUCCAUCAUUACCACCCUUGCCAUCUGCCUUUGGAAGCAGUUCGUCAGAACACAACACAGACAGUGGAGUGUGGCCAGCGUGGCAUGGUUGGCCUGAAUACUUCUUCUAGCGACUCUGACAGCUCUUUUGACACUUUGACUGGGAUGCGAAAUGGUACAGAAGCAUCAGUGGAUUUCAAAGAGCUUUUAGAAAAUGAAAGGAGUAAUUUCCAGUUGGUGAAUACUGCAGUGUCUUUCCUUGGGGGAGUUCCAGCCAUGAUAAACCCAGCUGACAUGUCAAACACCAUUCCAAAUGAAAAAGUGGUUACGUGCUACCUGUCUUUCCUUUGUGCCCGGCUUCUGGAUCUGCGAAACGAGACAAGAGCCGCAAGGGUCAUCCAAGGAGCAUGGAGAAAAUAUAGGCUGAAGAGGGAGUUGAAGCAUUUCGAGGAAAGAAACCAAGCUGCUGCUAAAAUUCAGUUGGCAGUCAGGGGUUUCCUUCAGAGACGAAGACAAAAAAGACAGAAUGCGGCUGCAGUUGUAAUACAAGCUGUCUGGCGAGGCUAUUCAGUGCGGCAACAAGUUCAACGGAUACAGAAAGAGAAACUGCAGACACUCUGGGAUUCUGCAGCAACGGUCAUCCAAGCACAAUGGAGGAGGUAUUCUACUCAGAGAAAAUUCCAGUGUUUAAAACACCAUACCGUGUUGAUGCAAGCCCGUAUCCGGAUGAAGAUUGCAGUGACUGCCUACAGAAGAGUCCAGUGGGCCGCAAGAACAAUUCAGAAACACAGAAAGGCCUGUCUGUUGGGAAAAGAGGAACAUCAAAAAUAUCAAUCUUUGAAGUACUCUACCAUCAAAAUCCAAAAGUGCUAUCGGAGAUGGAAGACUCGGACAUGGAUUAAGAAGGGCAAUGCAGCCACUGUGGUACAGAGGGCAUUCUGGAAAUGGCAGGAACGAAAAAGGGCUCAACAACAUUUUGCCGCUGUAAAGAUCCAAUCAUGGUACAGGAUGCGCAAAUGCCAAAAACAGUACAGAAAUGUCCAACAGAAAGCAAUUUGUAUACAGGCGUGGUACAGAGGUUGUAAAGAGAGACGCAACUUCCAGUUUUUAAAACUAAAACACUCUUCUGCCAUAGCCAUCCAAAGAGCAUUCAAAACCAACAUUCUCAGGAGAAGAUUUCAAGAGAUGAAACGAGCUGCAGUUACAAUUCAGCGUUGGUUUAGGUCCUGCAAGCAAAGAGAGAGGGAGAAACAUCAAUAUCUGAAAAUGAAACAAGCAGCGAUUACUUUGCAAGCAGCCUUCCGUGGAUAUUCGGUGCGCAAAUUUCAGAAGGAACAGCACCUUGCAGCAGUUGUGAUUCAAGCAGCUUUCAGAAUGUUUGUAGCACGAAAGCGACAUUUGUCUUUAAGAGCAGCAGCGAUUGCUGUCCAGCAGCGAUUUAAGGCUAAGCUAUUGGGUAAGACUUUGAGAAAAGAAUAUCUGAAUCUAAGGCACUCCGUGGUGAGACUUCAAGCUUUGUGGAGGGGAAGAGCUGAAAGAAAGAGGAUUGAAGAAAUGCAUAAAAGUGCUGUGUUGAUACAAUCGUGCUUCCGUAGGUAUGCGGCACAAUCACAGUUUAAGCUGAAGAGAAGGGCGGCACUGGUGCUACAGAGAUAUUAUAGAAACUACAGCUCGGGAAGGAAAGUGCGGUUGCAGUACACGCGGAUUAAAAAAGCUGUCCUUACUUUGCAAGGAGGAUUCCGUGGCAUGAAAGUGAGGCAACACCUGAGGCGUCAGCACAGAGCAGCCACUUUAAUUCAGGCCGCAUAUAGAGCAUCCGUUUGUAGGCGACGAUUUUUGUCCCUCAAAAGUGCAGCAGCUGUGCUCCAGCAACAUUACCGGGCACACCUGCUCGGCCAGUCGCAGCGACAGCACUAUAGUUUGCUGCGACAAGCUGCCAUAAUGUUACAGUCUGCGUAUCGGGGCUCCAAAGAGAGAAAGAAUUUAAGAAGAAUGCAGCAAGCAGCAACAGUGAUCCAGGCACGCUUCAGAAGGCACAAAGCACAGGUCACAUAUCGUGCGGCCAGGUGUGCAGCAUCUACAAUACAGCAGCAUUACAGAGCUUAUGUCAAAGGAAAGCUUACGCGUGAGCGUUAUUUGCAGAUGAGAAAAUCGGCUGUUGUCAUACAGUCUGCAUACAGGGGUAUGAAAGCUCGCCUUGAAGUCCAAAUAAUGCACAGGGCAGCAACAGUGAUUCAGGCACACUUCAGAAGGCACAGAGCACAGGUCACAUAUCGUGCGGCCAGGUGUGCAGCAUCUACAAUACAGCAGCAUUACAGAGCUUAUGUCAAAGGAAAGCUUACGCGUGAGCGUUAUUUGCAGAUGAGAAAAUCGGCUGUUGUCAUACAGUCUGCAUACAGGGGUAUGAAAGCUCGCCUUGAAGUCCAAAUAAUGCACAGGGCAGCAACAGUGAUUCAGGCACACUUCAGAAGGCACAGAGCACAGGUCACAUAUCGUGCGGCCAGGUGUGCAGCAUCUACAAUACAGCAGCAUUACAGAGCUUAUGUCAAAGGAAAGCUUACGCGUGAGCGUUAUUUGCAGAUGAGAAAAUCGGCUGUUGUCAUACAGUCUGCAUACAGGGGUAUGAAAGCUCGCCUUGAAGUCCAAAUAAUGCACAGGGCAGCAACAGUGAUUCAGGCACACUUCAGAAGGCACAGAGCACAGGUCACAUAUCAUGCAGCCAGGUGUGCAGCAUCUACAAUACAGCAGCAUUACAGAGCUUAUGUCAAAGGAAAGCUUACGCGUGAGCGUUAUUUGCAGAUGAGAAAAUCGGCUGUUGUCAUACAGUCUGCAUACAGGGGUAUGAAAGCUCGCCUUGAAGUCCAAAUAAUGCACAGAGCAGCAACAGUAAUUCAGGCACAUUAUCGCAAACAUGUACAGUUGUCAAAAUUUCAAAAACUAUGUUGGGCAGCAUCUGUUGUCCAUCAACGGUUUAGAGCAAAUCAGAAGAGGAAUGCAGAGGUCUGCAAAUACAUUGCUAUGAAAAAAGCUGCAGUUUGCAUUCAAUCUGCUUACCGUGGAAUGCGAACAAGGAAUCAACUAAGAAAGAUGCAAAAGGCAGCUGCAGUAAUUCAGAGAAGAUAUAUAGCUCACCGGGAGCACAAGCGGUAUCUUGCUAUGAAGGGGGCUGCUGUUAAAAUUCAGCAAUGGUACAGGGCUCUUGUCAUUGGGAGGCUGCAACAGAAGAGGUAUCGUUCUUUGCUUGCUGCAGCCAUCGCUGUUCAAGCCAGGUUCAGAGGAAUGAAAGUCAGGAAAGAAAUUCAAAAGAAACAUCAAGCAGCCACUGUGAUUCAAGCAGGUUUUAGAAUGUACAGAACUAGGAUGCCUUUCAAAGCACUGAGGUUAGCUGCAACCAUUUUACAGAGACGCUACCGGUCCCAUCUAAAAGGAAGAAGAGAAAGGGAACGUUUCUUGAAGUUGCGUCAAAAUGCCAUAGUGAUCCAGUCAGUUUUCAGAGGUAAUCGGGCAAGGAAGGAGACAAGAAGAAUGCACUCUGCUGCCACUGUGAUUCAAAGCCAUUUCAGAAGGCACCAGUGUCAAAUGCAUUACAAGAAGGUGAAGUGGGCUGCUAUGGUUGUGCAACAAUGGUACAGAGCCUGCGGAGUGAGAGAUGCACUAGUGCAGGAGUACAGGUCAAAGAAAACUGCUGCCGUUGUAAUCCAGAGUGCUUUCCGUUCCUACAAAGCAAGGCAGCAGGUUAGUAAGAUGCAUGAAGCUGCGACAGUCAUCCAGAGAAAGUUUAAAACAUUCAGGGAAAGGAAAUGCUUCUUGUCACGUAGGGCAGGUGCUGUGCUCAUCCAGCGAAGAUAUCGAGCUUUGGUAGCAAUGCGAAGACAACACAAAGAGUAUCUCGUGAAACGCAAUGCAUCCAUUGCCAUACAGGCGGCUUACAGGGGAAUGAAGGUUCGACAACAAUUGCAGAGGGAACACAAAGCCGCUAUAAUUAUCCAGGCCCAAGUCAGAAAGCUCUUAGUCAGAUCAUCCUACAAAAGGCUGCAGUGGGCCACCAAAGUUGUCCAGUUACGUUACAGAGCCAACAAAAUGAUGAAGGCAGAAGUCCAAUCAUUAAAAGAAAAGAAGAGGGCUGUCAUCACGCUGCAAGCUGCUUUCCAUGGCAUGAAGACAAGACAGCAUAUAAGACAAAUGCACAAGGCUGCCAGUGAUAUUCAAAGAUGUUUCAGAGCACACAGGGCCCGUAAACAGUAUAUUUCCCUGAAAUCGUGUGUUGUGGCCAUUCAACGAAGAUAUCGUUCCAUAACUGAUGUUAGACGACAGAAAGAGCAAUACCGUCUCUUGCGCUCUGCCACCGUAACCUUGCAGGCAGCCUAUAGAGGUCACAGAACAAGGAAGGAGAUCCGACAAAAACAUGCAGCAGCUACUGUGCUCCAAACAGCUUUUAGGAGACAUAGAGAGGUGGUAAAAUUCCAAGCAAUGAGAUUCUCUGCUCUUGUCAUUCAGAGACAGUACAGGGCAUAUAUACAAACCAAACAUGACCGAGAGAAAUUCUUGAGAUUAAGAACUGCAGCUAUUACUAUUCAAGCAGCAGUACGGGGGAAAAGGGUUCGACAGAACAUUGCACAGAUGCAUAAAGCGGCCAUAGUCAUCCAAACCAGUUUUCGAAUGUGCAGGCAGCGGGCAAGCUUCAAAAGGUUACGCUGGGCAGCUUCCCUUCUGCAGCAGAAAUUCCGAGCUAGCAGACUGAGAGACUCUCAUGUGAUGACAUUCCAACAACUGAGGAAGGCUGCGGUUUGCAUCCAGGCUUCUUUUCGCGGCAGGCAAGCGAGGCAACUGGUGAAACAAAUAAGAGCUGCUCGGAAAAUUCAGUCGUAUCUGAGAAUGAGUGUGCAACGCCGUCAGUUCUUGCAGCAAAAAGCUGCCUCUGUAGUUAUCCAGUCUGCCUUUAGAUGUCACCUUGCCAGAACCAGGUACACAAAGAUGCGAUCCUCCUCGGUGGUGAUCCAGAGAUGGUACAAGUCAUGUCGUGCGGCCCACAAACAGAAGGCUGAAUACCAUGCUCUCAGGCAUGCAACAGUGACGCUGCAGUCAGCUUUUCGUGGAAUGCUGGCAAGGAGGCUAGCCAAAUGGAAGCGUGCGGCGGUCAAGAUCCAGUCAGUGCUGCAGAUGGUCAGGCAUCGCAAGAAGUUUUUGAGUCUGCGGUCCAGUACAAUCAAGCUGCAGGCACAUUGCCGAAUGUGGGUAGCAAGGAGACGAUUUGUGAAGUACCAGACAGCAGCUCUUACUCUGCAGAAACACUUCAGAGCUCGGCAAGCAAUGAGAGAGCAGAGAUCCAUUUACCUAAAGACUUUGAAAAGUGUUCAGAUUCUUCAGUCAAGAGUGCGUGGACACAAUGAAUACAGAAAAUUCCAGAAGUUGAAGCGGAGUGCAGUUACCAUUCAGGCCUUUUAUCGUGGAAUGGUGGAGAGACGAAAAUUUCAACACCAGAAGGCCUCCAUUGCCAGAAUACAGGAGUAUUACAGGUCGUAUUUACUCUGCAAGAAGGAAAGGGAGAAGUAUCUGAAGAUUAAGAAAUCGGCUAUUCUUAUACAGGCAGCCUUCCGUGGCCUCCAAGCAAGACAGCAUAUCAAGGAGAUACGAGCAGCCCUAAAAAUUCAAGCAUGGUUCAGGGGACACAUGACACGCAAGAGGUUUCUCAUGAAGCAAAAUGCCGUUGCAACUGUCCACAGAUGUAUGCAAACAAGAAUUCAUCGGAAUAGGUUCCUAAAGAUCCGCCAAAGUGUAUGCAUUAUUCAGAGAAGAUGGAGGGAAACACAUGCUGCCAGAGAAUACCGGCAUGACUUCCUGAAAAUGAGAGCAUCCGCUGUCAAAAUUCAAGCGUUGUGGAGAGGUCAUACUGUCAGAUUGAAUCUACAGAAGGAGCAGAAAGCCGCCUGCAUGAUUCAGUCAUUCUACCGGGGCUAUGUGCAAAGGCGGGCUUUCCAACGGCUGAGAACGGCUGCCUUGGUUCUACAGAAACGUGUUCGGGUGUUGCAAAGGGGAAGAGAGCAGAGGGAGACCUUUAAGAACAUGAAGACUGCUGCCAUCGUAAUUCAGGCAUUUUGCCGCGGCUGGCUUGUCAGGCGAUGGCUUAAAGAGGAAGCUCAAAGCAGACGGAGACAGCGCUUUUCAGCCGCUGUUUACCACAACCUUUGUGCUGUGAAGAUUCAAAGAGCUCUCCGGGCUCAUUGGGCCUUGAAGUCUGCUAAGAAACAGCUGCACUCUGUCAUUUACAUUCAGAGGUGGAUCAGAGCUAAGCUAGAGAAGAGGAGAUACCUUGAAAAGAGGGGAAAGGUCAUAAAGCUGCAGAGAUCAGUGAGACGGUGGUUAUCUCGACGCAACACAGCUGCCACCGUUAUCCAGCACGCUGCCAAAAAAUACCUGGCCAAGAGACGAGAACAGAGGGUGCAACGUGGAAUCACCAAGGCACAGGCAUUGUGGAGAGGGCACUGCUCACGGAAAAUCAAUGAUACACGAAAAGUUGUUGCCAUGAGGCAUCGCUUCAGGAAGGUUAACCAAGAGGCCAAAGAGGAGGACAAACUCUGCAACAAGACCACAACUGCUAUUGACUACCUCCUACGAUACAAGCAUUUCUCUUACAUUCUAGCAGCUCUAAAACACUUAGAGACUGCAACCCGACUUUCAUCCAAAUGCUGUGAGCAGCUUGUAAAGAGUGGAGCAACUCUUGUAAUAUUCACUCUCAUAAGGAGCUGCAAUAGAAGCGUUCCCUGUAUGGAAGUCAUCACCUUUGCAAUCCAAGUUCUUCUGAAUCUGUCAAAAUAUGACAAGACAACAGAGGCUGUUUAUGCUGUGGAGAAUUCUGUGGACACACUGCUGGAUCUGCUACAGAUCUACAGAGAGAAGGCUGGAGACAAGGUGGCAGACAAAGGAGGUAGCAUUUUCACAAAGACAUGUUUCCUCCUUGCCAUCUUACUUCAGGAUGAACAGAGGGCUUCGGAGGUGAAACGUCUUCCCAAAGCCAUGGAUCGAAUUCGCAGUAUAUAUCAUCUCACACUUCGAAAACACAAAAUGGAUGCUGAAAGAACAGUGACACGGCAGAAGCUUAACGUGUCGCUCAAUGGCAGCUUCUUUACCCAAGCGACCCCUCGUAAGCCAAAGCCAAAGCCAAGAUUUGCUCCUGACUGGGUCUUAAGACAAGACAAAAUGAAAGAAGUACUGGAUCCUCUUCGAGCAAUUCAGAUGGUUGCAGAUGCUUUUACCAUCAUUCCUUAAUGUGUGAAGAACCAGACGUUUCAGUAACACAAAGGAUAUAUUUUUAAUGAAGUGUCAGAUUUGUAUAUAUAUUAAAAAAAAAAACUCAUGAAACCUUGCAUAGAGUGGACUUUAAGCUUGUAAAUAAAAAAGUUAUCUGAUAGACUUAGUGUGGCAUACAUAAUUUUCUGCUUGCUCUAUGUCCACAAAAUUAAAGAAGAGUGAGGUCCACUCAGAUAUCACAUUUCUGUAUAGGAAUUACUUGUUUGCAUGUGAACCUCAUUCAGUGCCUCGCAUUGAUUCAUCUGUAUAUUGA